AUGAGCGCCUCAGCCAAUGUCGCUCGUCGGGCGGUGAUUGCGAAUCCGUUCCUGGGCAACGCGCGUGCGCUGUCCACUCUCGGUGUUUCGCCAGCUGUGCUCGGCCGAAACGCAAGGCACCUGCCUCGUCGAACAAACGCCCUCGCAAUUCUCGUUCCCCUCCGCCAACUGGGCACCGAUCACCACAAUCACGGCCAACAUUCAGGCCCGCCGCCGGGCUUCAACGUGGAGGAGGCUAAGAAACCUCUCCCCAAGGAGACGGCGACAGCAGCCAAGGCCGAGUCCAAGGCGACAAAGGAAUCCAACGAUGCUUCUCAAUCCGAAAAUGCAGCCUCCGGCGACAAGGCUAUUUCCGACAAGGCCGACUCCGAUGCUUCAUUGACCGAACUCGCUGCCGCCAAGAACGCCGCCGUUGAGACAAAGAAGGAUGGGAAGAAGGACGAGAAAUUGACUGUAUGGCAGAAGGUGAAGAAGGAGGCUCACCACUACUGGGAUGGAACGAAGCUGCUUGCCGCCGAAGUCAGGAUCAGCACCCGCCUCGCUCUGAAGAUGGCCGCUGGAUACGAACUCAGCCGGAGAGAGAACCGGCAACUGCGCCGCACCGUCCAGGACCUUGGCCGCCUGGUCCCAUUCUCCAUGUUCGUCAUCGUUCCUUUUGCCGAACUUCUUCUCCCCGUCGCCUUGCGGCUCUUCCCCAACAUGCUUCCCAGCACGUAUGAGGGCCAAAAGUCCAAGGAUGCCAAGGCGAACACACUGAGGGCAACGCGCAAGGAGGUCAGCGAGUUCCUCCGAUCUAGUCUUAAGGAGACCGGACUGCCUUUAACUCCCGCAACAACCCAGAGUGAGGCUUUUACGGUCUUCUUCAGGAAGCUCCGCUCUUCCGGCGAGUCGCCGACUCACGAGGAUGUCAUCAAGGUCUGCAAGAUCUUCAAGGACGACCUCACUCUCGACAACCUGUCAAGACCCCAGCUGGUCUCCAUGUGCAGGUACAUGAACCUCAACACCUUUGGCACGGACAACAUGCUCCGUUACCAGGUCAGGCACAGAAUGCGCCAGAUCAAGAGAGACGACAGGCAAAUCAGCUACGAGGGCGUUGACAGCUUGACCGUGGCCGAGCUGCAGGUGGCGUGUGCCAGCCGCGGCAUCCGCACGCACAGUGUUUCCCCUGCGAGAAUGCGCGAGUACCUGCAGCAGUGGCUCGACCUCAGAUUGAAGGACGGUGUUCCUUCGACUCUUCUGGUUCUGAGCAACGCCUACAUGUACGGCCAGGUCCCUGCCCACAGCCAGAUCGAGGCCCUCGUCGGCGUCCUCUCCUCCAUCCCCGAUGAGCUCUUCCACGAGAUCUCUCUUGAGGUGCACACCGCCGAGGGCGCUGCCACGAACAAGCAGCGUCUCGAGGUUCUCAAGGAGCAACAAGAGCUCAUUGACGAGGAGAACAGCCAGAACGAGGAGAAUGCCAGCACCGGCUUUGCCACGCCUCGCGAUGUCGACAACAUCGACGAGAAGGAGGACAACCAGUCUGCUGAGGCUCAGGCGGCACCCAAGAGCCAGGCCCAGGAGGCUAAGGAAGCCGAGCAGGAGAUGCUGGCGGCGAGGGACCAGACCGCCCAGACUGAGAAGAAGGCGGAGAAGAGCGACCAAUAA